AUGGUGACAGUCACCAAGAGACCCCUUGAGGAAUCUCAAGAGGACCGCAAAGUAAAGGUUUCAAAGACCAUAAAGGAAACGUCACCUACCUCAUCACUUGCCUCACCUACCACCACCGAUUUUACCACAGCUAUGGCACCUCAGCUCGCACUCAUCGAAUCGUCUACCCGUACAACAUUCGAGAAGCAAGUAUGGUCACUCUUAUGUCAGAUCCCACGGGGAAGUGUCUCAACAUAUGGCAUCAUGGCUGCUCAUCUAAAGUCUUCCCCGCGAGCAGUUGGUAACGCGCUGCGUCGAAAUCCGUUCGCGCCAGAGGUACCAUGCCAUCGUGUUGUCGCUACAGGUGGUGCAUUGGGCGGAUUCAAAGGCAAGUGGCCCAAGGAUGGAGAGGGUAUCACACUUGAUGAGAAGAGGAAGCUUUUGAAGGGUGAGGGAGUGAGGUGGGAUGAGAAGGGCAAGGUGAUUGGGACUCCAUUUGGAGGGUUCAUAUGA